AUGGCUCAUGUGGAUAAUGAAGUCAGAGGCAGACUGGCGUUGGUCACGGGUGCCUCUGGUGGAAUCGGAGGAGCCUGCGCUCGAGAGCUCUUCAGAAAUGGCGCGCGUCUAGCCCUGACAUGUUCAUCCGAGAAGACCUUGGCCAAAAUUACAGACCUCGCUACUAAGCUUCGGAACUCAACAGGCGACGACACUGACGUUACAUGCCAUGUAGUGGAUAUAUCUUCCGCCACGGACAUCGAAAAACUCUUUCAGAAUAUCAUGGAUGAACACGGCCACACCCCCGAUAUACUUGUAUCCAACGCCGGCACGGCAGGAUUCAACAACAAAGCCAACCCCUACCUGGAAAACAUUUCCCUCGAAGAGUUCGACUUCACCAUCAACAUCAACCUCCGCGCCUCCUUCUUGCUGUGCAAGCUCGCCAUGCCGCACAUGGUCUCCCAGGGCUGGGGCCGCAUCGUCUUUGUGUCGUCCAUCUCGGCUAUUGGAGGUGGCAUCAACGGCUGUCACUACGCCGCGAGCAAGGCCGGCAUGACGGGCCUCAUGAAGAACCUCGCGUCCAAGCAUGCCAAGGACGGUGUCACGCUCAACGACGUCGCGCCGGCUAUGAUUGGCGACACGGGAAUGAUUCCCGAUGAGAAGCGCGUGGAGGGCACGCCUGGUGAUGUGAAGAAUAUUCCUGUCGGACGGCUUGGGACGCCGCAGGAGUGUGCUAAUGUUGUGUUGAUGCUGUGUAAGACUGGAUAUUUGACUGGCCAGAGCAUCUUAUUGAGUGGUGGGCUGAAGUGA